UCUGUCCCCAGCCAUCUUAGAUCUGUAGCCUUCUCCGGUAAGCGAUCUGGAGGUUUGGAGACUGCUGAGGCCUCUGUCUCCCUUGACAGUCGCUGCGGGGAGGUCCGCGGAGGACACGGGAUGUCACAGCUCGCUAUGGAGGAAGGAGAGACCUGAGUUUCUACUCUUUAAGAAUUUUCAGGCUGAGGAGAUACCAUCAAGCCUGACAAUGAGUCGGUGUCAUUUGAGGACGUCGCUGUGUACUUCACCUGGCAGGAGUGGCAGGACCUGGACAUUGUCCAGAAGCUGCUCUACAGGGAUGUGAUGCUGGAGAACUACAGCAGCCUGGUGUCCUUGGGCUGCUGCAUGAUCAAGCCUGAGUUGAUCCUCAUGUUGGAACGUGAAUUUGGGCCGUGGAUGGCAGCAGAUACCUCAGUCUGGAACCUUCCAGGGUACUGCAUGGUAAGACCAGAGUUGAAUACUAAGCUGCAGCAUGGAUUUGAGCUAUGGAGUGCCUCACAAGCCUCACUCUGGAGUCUCCCAGAUGUCCAUAAUUUAAAUGGCUUGGGAAAUCAAGAGACACACUUAUGGCAAGUUGAAGUCACCAAUGGCAUUACAUCAUAUGAACAGAUGGUUGAAGCAGAACUACAGAUUCAAGAGAAAAUGCAUCAAGGGGCAAAACCAUAUGAAUAUAAAGAAUGUGCGGAAACACUUUAUCAGAAUUCAGAGCACACCUUGAAUCAAACAUCUCAGUUAUAUGAGAACCCCUUUGGAUGGGAAGAAUGUAGAAAAUCUUUCUAUUACCAGUCCACCCUCACUCAACAUCAAAGAUUUCAUAUAGGUGAGAAGCUCUAUGAGUCUCCACAAUGCUGGGAAAUUUUCCCCUGGAAGUCCCAAGUCAGUGUACAUGAGACAUUUCGUGGAGGUGAGAGACGCUAUGAGUGUGAAGAAUGCAGGAAGUCUUUCCACCGGAAAGCAAACCUUAUUCGACAUCAGAGAAGAACACAUAGCAGAGAAAAGCCCUAUGAAUGCAUAGAAUGUGGGAAAACUUUCUACUGUAAGUCAGACGUCACUCGACAUCAAAGAAGAACUCAUAGUAGAGAGAAACCCUACGAAUGUGUAGAAUGUAGUAAAACUUUCUACUGUAAGUCAUACCUCAUUCGACAUCAGAGUAGAACUCACAGUAGAGAGAAGCCCUAUGAAUGUACAGAAUGUACUAAAACUUUCUACUGUAAGUCAGAUCUUACUCGACAUCAAACGACUCAUAGUGGGGAAAAGCCUUUUGAAUGUAACGAGUGCUCUAAAACAUUCUACUAUAAGUCAGACCUUGCUAAUCACCAGAAAACUCACACAGAUGAUAAUCCCUAUGAAUGUAAAGAAUGUAGGAAAACUUUCUGCUCCAAGUCAAGCCUCAAUCAACAUCAUAGGAUUCAUACAGGUGAAAAGCCCUAUGAAUGUAAUGAAUGUAAGAAAAGUUUCAAUUCGAAGUCAAACCUCACUGAGCAUCAGAGAAGAACUCAUACCAGAGAGAAGCCCUAUGAAUGUAACGAAUGUUGGAAAUCCUUCUACUGUAGGUCAGAACUCAUUAAUCAUCAGAGGACUCAUACAGUGGAGAGAUACUAUGAAUGUAAAGAGUGUAAUAAAAAUUUCUACUGUAAGUCAAACCUCAAUCAACAUCAAAGAACUCACACAGGAGAGAAACCGUAUGAAUGUAAAGACUGCCACAAAGCUUUUUAUUGUAAGUCAAACCUCAAUCAACAUCAAAGGACUCAUACAGGUGAAAAACCUUUUGCAUGUAAGGACUGUAGUAAAGCUUUCUAUUGCAAGUCAAGCCUUGUUAAACAUCAAAAAAUUCAUUCAGGUGAGAAGCCAUAUGAAUGUGAAGAAUGCAGGAAAACUUUCUUCCAAAAGUCAGAUCUCACUCGACAUCAGAGAACACAUACCGGUGAAAAACCCUACGAAUGUAAAGACUGUAGCAAAACUUUCUAUUGUAAGUCAAACCUCAGUCAACAUCGGAGAACUCAUACACAUUCAAAAUCUUAUGGGUGUAAAGAAUGUAGGGAAACAUUCUAUUCUAAGUCAGAGCUCACUGAACAUCAAAGAAGUCAUACAAAUGAGAAACCCUAUGUGAUGUUUAAUAUUGAUUGUCAACUUGACAAGAUCUGGAAUCAUCUGGGAGACAGACCCCUAGCCAUGUCUGACAAAGAUUAUCUAGAUUGAGUUAGCCACUGGGGAUGUCUGAUUGAUAAUCUUGGUUUGAUUAAUUGAAGUGGGAAGACCCUCCAUAAAUAUGGUGGCAUCAUUCCCUGGCAUGGGGUUAUGUACUGCAUGAAAGGGGUGGCACCAUUCUGUAGACUGGGGUCUGAACUACAUGAAAAGGAGAAAGGUAGAUCAAGCAUGACCAUUUGUUCUUUGCUGCUUCCUGUCUGGAUGCCAUUUGACAAGCCACCUCAAGCUCCCAACACAGUGACUUCCCUACCAUGAAGUCUUGUACCUUCAAACUAAUACAAGAAGUUAGUUCUGAGAAGUGAGGUCAUUGCUCUGAUAAACUUGACUAUAUGGUUCUUAAGCCAUUGGCAGUGGUUUUCAUGAGGAAUGUAGAAGAUUUUAGAACGUUGGGUUAAUAAAACCUUUGAAUGCUAUGCUACAGAGGUAAAUGGGCCAUUCUGAUGGAAGUUUAUAAGACCAGGAGGCAGAGGGAAGUACUCACUGGAGGCCUGGCUCACAAGGCUUCAGAGGGGAAUGAGCACUGCCAGGAACUGGACUAGAGACUAUUUGUGUGAUCCUUUCCAAGAAUCUGGCUUCGUUUUACCUGUGCACUGGGAGCUUGAGUAAAGGUGAGCUUAAAGGAAAUGUACUGAAUUGUUGGGUGAAGAAAAUUUCCAAGUAGGAGUGCAUUCAGGCUGUGACAUAGCUCCUGGUAACAGCACUUAGAAAAGUUUACAGUGAAAAAACUUCCAUUGAGCAGAAGAUAAAUACAAAGGUGAUUAAAACUUGCAGCUUCUCAAGGACUAAGAAAUCUAAAGCAAAGCAACAGCUGUAGGCAAGGCAAGUAUGAGAACGGAGGCUGUGAGUGAUAAGAGAGAAACACCCUGCUCUGCCCCCAACAGUAGGAAGUGCGUCCCAAGUGCUCUGCUGCACCCAUCAAAGGCUUCAGCUUAUGAAAAUGCAGACUUAUUUUGAAGAAAAGAGCCUGGAGUGAGAAUGUCACUGAAGGAAUAUCCUGCUUUUGAAGACAACAUCCUAGGGAAGUGUUUCUGAGGGGUCAGCACACUCCAGGUGACAGCUGUGGUCCAAGAGGGCACUUCACAAUUCUAAAGAGCAACAGCUCUUAGAAGCUUGGUGUAUGUGAUACUAGUUUCAUAUGAAUAUUGAGGGAAUCAGGUAGACUUGCUCCAGAGUUUCAAAAAACCAGCUGAGGACAGGCAUAGUAGGUCAAGACUGGAGUGUCUACAUGGAGGCUCUGAAUACCCAUUGCAUGAACUUGUGAAGAUGAACUCUAAGUUGCCAUGGAGACUCUAGUAUAUAAGUGAUGCAAGGACCACAGAGGCCUACACCAAGGAAAACUACAGACAAGGAGUGGGGCCAAUGGUUUUAUGUGUCAUCGGCAGCAGAGAUGGAAGGAUGGGACAUCUCAAGUAUUUUGGAUUUCAGAUGAUUCUAUUACAAGUCUCAGAUGUUGGACAUAGAGCAGCAAGAUUUACUGUUUUAUCUUCUGGAUUUCAGCCCUGAUCUCUCUUUUCAGGAAUGGGUAUGUUUACUCUAUGCUUUUAUGUAUUGGAACCAUGUAACUUGCUUUUUGGUAUUAAGGGUCAUUGCAAUUGUUUCAGGUGAAACUUGGACUUUGGAUAUUAAAACUGUGUUGAAACUA